CAUCACUGCCACAACAAACGAUCUGUGUUCGCGGUGCUGCAACGACAAAGUUACGAGUAAGACAAUUUUAUCCUACUUAGCGAAGCAGCUAACUUUAAAAGAAAUAGCUUUUUUUGUUUUUAUUUAUUUCAAGCUGUAUUUAGCGGAGGUUUUUUUUUUAUUCAUACGACAUAAGAUACCGGUUGCUUUGUGGCUUGCUUGUGGCGCUGCUGGCUAACAGGUGUGGCGAGAGCGAUAUCGUGGGAGGAUGUGGCGAAGAUAUUGAAGAUUUUGAGGGGGUAAAAGGCGUGCCGCCAUUGUUUCCUGUUGCGGACAAGUCGGAACUGCGCAGCCAAUCAACUCGCAGUACGUCACAUCCGCUGGCUCCGACAAACUAUCAUGGCGACGACCAUAUUGCCAAACUCGAGGCUUCAAAACGAUGUCAGCAGGCAAGAUGAACCAGGAAGAAGUUUUGGCAAAGCUGAAGAAGGAUGUUCGUUCCUUACUCAUUUCAUCCAAGAUGGGCUUGGACCCUGAGCAGCUCAGGCGAGACUAUAUGACCAUGUUGGGGCAUCCCAUCCCCCUGAAACUCCUGGGCUUCAGAAACAUCAUGGAUAUGGUGAAAGAGAUGCCUGAUGUGGUUUCAGUUAACUUCAGGGCAGAUGGCAGCACCUUCUUAAAGGCUGUUAGUGACGAGUCCACCCGAAACAUCGAGGAGCUGGUAGCUUAUCAGCGCACUUCUAAGACAGACAGGAAGACCAGGAGGGGAGGUACCAGCUACUUCUCGCCCCGCUACUGUUCCCAGUCCCCAUCUUUGGUCCUUCCCAGAAGAGGUCGUGCUCCUCUGGCUCUUCCGGCCCAGCUGAGGGCCCAGCUCCGCUUACUGCUCUCCCAGGGUCCACUGCGGUUGUCUGACCUGGAGGCGUGCUAUCUACGCUGCUUCGGCCACCCGCUGCGUAUCCACAAUUAUGGCUUUUACUCCACUGGAGAGAUGCUGGAGGCAGCGGCGGACCUGGUCCUUAUCCAGCAGGGCAGGCUGGGCUCAGUUAUUUCCCUGAGGGAACAUAUGCUGCCGAGGCCACUGCUCACACCAGUCAGUUCACUGAAGAGGACUGGACCAGUAAAGUCAGUGGCACCUAGAACUGACAAGUCGGACUCCAAAGGGCCAGAAACCAGAGCUCAGACACCAACACUUCCCCCAGUCCCAGUGAAGCAGAGUCCUCUGAGCAAGCCCUCUACUGUGACUACCUUGGGCCCUGUCCAUAAAGAGUCAACAACUAUCAGUAGCAAGCCAGAGGUGGUUGAGAAGAACCAGGAGGCAAACCCAGAGUUCUGCCAAGAAGGUCGGCUCUUUCAGAAACGUGUUCUCAAGCUGGAGGAGGAACUUUGGCAUCAAAUCCUUGAGAAUGGAGUUGCAGGCACCAUUAGUCAGGAGCUGAAGGACAAGCUACGAAAGGUUGUAGGUCAGAGCACUGGUGGAUUAUCAGUGCACGAUCUUCCUGCUGAGUACAAGAGGCUGUUUGGGGAGGACUUACCACUGCUACAGAGCGGCUUUGUCAGUGUCACCGAACUGGUCAGUGCCAUGAGUGACAUCUUCCACCUGAAACCUGCAGGGCAUGAAGAUGGACUGCACUGGAUAGUCAUGGACAUACAGGACAGUGGCAUUAAACAAUCAGGGUCCAAGGAGUCUGAGAGUUUUGGUGAUGAUGUGAAGGCCCCAUUUACGAGCUACUUCAGCUGUGGAGAGUCUCCUUGGGAAGGUGAACCAGAAGGAGACGCUGAUAAUAUCACAGCAGAUGAUGAGAAUGAGGUGCUACAGACGAGUAACAAUUCCAAGACACAUGAAAUGAUGUCUGAGAUCUACCCCGCCCUUCAGGUGCAUUGCAGCCCUCAGGUGCCUCUGGACGCCCUGCAGAGUCAACGUCUCAAACAGCCGACACGUCAUGGUGCCCGAGAGCUGGUAGAAGUCCUGGUGGAACAGGUGGAGUCGCCUGGAUAUUUUCACAUCCGCUUCAGCGAGACUGAGGAGGCCCGAGCUAUGGAGGACCUGAUGAUUGAGAUGAGACGACAUUACACCUGUCCUAAGGUGUCGGAGCGCUACCGCCUCCCUGAGCGAUUUGUCCGACGGGGUCAGGUCUGCUGUGUGUCACCUAAAGGAAUGUGGUUCUACCGGGUGGUGAUCCAUCAGAUCGUCAGCCCCACUCAGGUCGAGGUGUACUAUGUCGACUUUGGCGACAUCACUGUGGUACAGAGUGCCAACCUCAAGUUCCUCAAGUCAUGCUAUUCGGUUCUUCCAGCUCAAGCUGUUCCAUCAUCACUCUCUGGUAUUAAACCCACCACUGGCAGCUGGACUGAUGAGGCCAUAGCUUCUUUUCAGAAGCUGUGCUCUGAUCGCACCCUGGUGGGCGCUCUGGAUUGUUACAUUGGAGAUGUGCUGCAGCUCUACCUGUGUGACACACACACUGAUAAUGACAUCUACAUCCACUCUGCCCUGUUGAGCCUGGGCCACGGGACAGCCUGCAGCAGUGCAGCACUUUGUGUCCCAGUCAACCCAGUGAGUCUCUACCUGGGAGAGGGAAUGAUUGACCUGCCAGAGGUCGAAGAGGAGACCACUUCUUCCCCCAAGCCUGCACACAUGCCGGAACAGUCCAUGUCAGCUUCACUGAAGGUUGAAGAGGAAGAGAUGCCCGGCCUGGAAUUUAUUAAGGAAAUUGAGGUCCGCCAUCGCCCUCAGAGUAAGGACACCAAUCUGUUCAUUGCUCUGCUAGAUGAACAAACUCUCAACUGUAGUGAAUUGGGCUCGGCCUGGACCGACAAAUCGCCUCCUGCCAACCCUUCCAGUCCCACCUCCAGCCCUCUUGCCCCUCCAGAUUUGAUCCAGUUGAAAACAACCCCCGGUUACUGUAAAGCACUGAGCACGUCUCCUCCACCAGCUCCAUCCAGCAUUAAUUCCAGCUCCUGGUUUCCGACACCAGAAGAGGAGCUGCAUUGGCCCAGGCUCGCUGCCCCCUCGUACAUCACGCCACCUCCGAUCCUGAGGACGCUGAGCCUCCACACCCCUGACUUGGGCCAGGGUACAUACACAUGCAGUGAGAGAAGUACACAAUGAAUAGAGAAGAAUUAAGUCUGGUAA